UCUCUUUCUUUCUUUUUAUUUUCUUUUUCUUUAAGGUGAGGAAAGAGACACACAGGAGACAGGAAGCUGAUCUGCAAGGAUUCGGAGUUAUGUUAAAAGGACUUUGAUUUUUUUUUUUUUCCUUUACAAACGCUGGCAAUUGACAUCACUACAGACAGCCUGGCAGAGAACAAACUGCCUCAUCCCAAGUGGACCCCGGCAGCUGGGGGAAGGCAGGCAAGAUCUGGGAAAGCUGUGUGUGGGUUUUUUCCGACCGAUCCCACUCUUCCUUUUUUUUUUUUUUUUUGGUGUGUUUCUUUUUUAAUAUUCUUGCUGUGUUGGAACUAGUGAGUGGUGGAAGACCGGGAAUCUCAGAAGCCUCAUCAGUCAUCGGGACUGUCAGGAAUAGUGGUUUAAGAGGAAGCUCGGCCUGGGGCACUAUACCCUGUCAUCCAGUUCCCUGCCUCGGAGGUAAAGAUUCCAGCUACAUGGGCAAACGCCUGGACCAGCCACAAAUGUACCCCCAGUACACUUACUACUAUCCUCAUUAUCUCCAAACCAAGCAGUCCUAUGCACCAGCUCCCCACCCCAUGGCUCCUCCCAGCCCCAGCACAAACAGCAGCAGCAACCACAGCAGCAAUCACAGCAGCGGGGAACAACUGAGUAAAACCAACCUGUACAUCCGAGGCCUUCCGCCAGGCACCACUGACCAGGACCUAAUCAAGCUAUGCCAACCGUAUGGAAAAAUUGUAUCCACAAAGGCAAUUCUUGACAAAAACACAAAUCAGUGCAAAGGUUACGGUUUUGUGGAUUUCGACAGUCCCGCAGCUGCACAGAAAGCAGUAGCGUCCCUCAAGGCAAAUGGUGUUCAGGCACAGAUGGCCAAGCAACAAGAGCAAGACCCAACAAACCUAUACAUCUCAAAUCUUCCCAUUUCGAUGGAUGAGCAGGAACUUGAGAAUAUGCUGAAACCCUUUGGACAUGUCAUUUCCACAAGAAUACUAAGAGAUGCUAAUGGAGUCAGCAGAGGGGUCGGCUUUGCCAGAAUGGAGUCUACUGAAAAAUGUGAAGUGGUAAUUCAACAUUUUAAUGGGAAAUAUCUGAAAACACCACCAGGCAUCCCAGCCCCUAGUGAGCCUUUACUGUGCAAAUUCGCUGAUGGAGGACAAAAGAAGAGACAGAAUCAAAGCAAAUACACCCAGAAUGGAAGGCCUUGGCCCAGGGAAGGAGAGGCUGGCAUGGCUCUGACCUAUGACCCCACAGCUGCCAUACAGAAUGGAUUUUAUUCUUCACCGUACAGUAUUGCAACCAACCGCAUGAUCCCACAGACAUCUAUCACGCCAUUCAUUGCUGCUUCCCCUGUCUCCACAUACCAGGUCCAGAGUACUUCAUGGAUGCCUCAUCCGCCAUACGUUAUGCAACCAACAGAUUUUAUGCAUGCUGUUCCUUGGAGUUUUCAUUCCUUCCGAUUUGACAUUUUAAAGAGCGGAAUGUAUGACGGUGCUGUGAUCACGCCGACAAUGGACCAUCCUAUGUCAAUGCAGCCAGCAAAUAUGAUGGGCCCCCUGACACAACAGAUGAAUCAUCUUUCGUUGGGCACAACAGGAACGAUUCAGUCCCAAGACAGGAUUAUGAUACUCCACCAGCUGUUGUGUCAGUAUAUGACUGCUGCCGCUCCUAUGCAAGGGACCUACAUUCCCCAGUACACGCCUGUGCCUCCGACAGCUGUUUCUAUUGAAGGUGUUGUUGCUGAUACCUCUCCCCAGACAGUGGCACCUUCAUCCCAGGACACCAGUGGUCAGCAACAACAAAUAGCAGUGGACACGUCCAAUGAACACGCAUCUGCAUACCCUUACCCACAGUCUAAACCAUAAACAAGACUGAAGAAUGUCCGUCUGAAACUUUGCCUUGAAUGAAGAAACUUCACCGAACAAGAAGUUGGCUUCCAGUUUGCACAGGCGUCAAUGGAAUGCUUUUUUUUUUUUUUUUUUUUUUUAAUUUUCUACUUACCCAACGAAAACAAAGCAUUUAUAUGUGCUGUGCAAAUGGUUCCUUCAUGUGGUCUCACAGUUUAUUUUUUGCCAUCAUUUUUUUUUUUUUAAUUAAAGUAAAAAAAAAAAAAAAAAAAAAUCCCAGAAGAGGAAAACCAACAAAAACAACAAAACAAAAUAUGGAAGGUUGACGUAUUAUGUGGAAGAACAUUUGAAUUCAGAAUUUAUCUGAAGGUGUAGAUAGAUUUUUUUUUUUUUUCUAACAGAAAAUAUGAUGUCAACAGUUGGGCAAACAAAAAUGGAAACAAGUGGUUUUCCUUGGUACUUAAGCUACUCUUCUCCCUCCCACCCCAUCUUGUUUAAAUGUGGAUUGGUUUAUUUUAUUUUAUUUUUUUUCUUAGAAAUAUUUAGGUAAGGUUUAUCUUGAAUCUUAAUUGCCUUAAUUUUAAGGACGUCAAAGGCUCUCGAGGCAAGCUGUCAACGUCUUGUUAAAAAAAAAUCAAGAAAGAAUUGAAAUAUUGUGCCAGCUUUAACUGGUACAGAAGUUUAAGACUAUGAGUUUUUAGGGUGAAAAAAACUGUACAGUUUAAAAGAAAAUGUUUUUCUUCAUUUGAAGAAAAUUUGUUGAUAAAAGAAACCAUGGCAACCACAAGAAUUGGAAAAAUGCUGGGACUUUUCAUGAACUUUGUCUUAAGUGUUGAGUCAUUCUAGAAGGCUAAAACAUUUUAUGGUAAAGUUAUUAAGGUUGGUUUAAAAACAACUGCAUUAGAAAUAAUGCGUGUUUGGGGGGCAGAAUGCAGAUUUUUUUUAAUUUACGAAGCGUGAUUGCUAGCAAAAGCAUUAGUGCUUUUUAUCUGCAGUCUUUUUUAUGAGCUUUACAAAGUUUUUAGUCAGCUUUGCUUGUCACAUUGCAAAACUUAGCUUAAGAGCAUUAAAAAAACUUAAGUAGAUAGGAGCUUAUGGUCAAAAGUGCAAAAAAAAAAACAAAACAAAACAAAACAAAAAACAAAAAAACAAAAAAAGCAAUAGAUAGAGAAAUUGUUGACAAUUUCUGUAGUCUUUCCUAGUUGUGAUCAAAUUCAGCCUAUGGAUGGCCUAUUUUAUACCAAAGAUGAAGUGGCACCCUAUUGCAGUCCAGAAGAUAGAGGUUGUUUUUCUUUUCUUUUAAAAAUUUUAUUUGACCUACAUGGCCGGACCAGUUCUUAUUUUGUUGUUUGUUUAAACUACCUUCCACUGGUGUUUUACAUCCUGCAAAUUUUUUUUUUUUUUUUUGUAUAUUUGUUUAUAGUAGAAGCUUUCACCUGCUGUUUUCAGCAGUUUCAGCAUGAAGAGUUCUGGAUACCAACUGAUAGAGCCAAUGGCUUUAAAUUCCAUGAGCUUUUCUGGUUCCUUGCUAGCUCUCUUGAGUAAUAAAACUUAUAUUGAUGGCCACCAAUAAGCUAAGACACAUUUUUUAAUAGGUUGAAAUUUCUGUAUGUGAAUUUUGAACUAAAGAUACUUCCUGCACCUGGUCUGAAGGGUCACUUGUCAAAAAAGCUUAGUGAUAUUCUGUUAAGUGGUGAGUGGUCUCCUGAAAAGGUCUCAUUGUAUUUGUAACAGUAGUCUUCCUUCUAAAUUCCAACACCUCUUGAUUUUGUCUUUUCACCUCAGUCUUUGUCGUCAUUCACCAUGAAUAGUCACCUUGGUUCUGCAGUUGGGAGGGGAUAUCUUCUUUUUGCUUUUUUCAUUGUGUUUUCAAAUCCUGGUGUUGUCAGAAGAAAGACAAAAUAGACCUUUUUAUUUCGGUUAACUCUCUGAGGCAAGUGGGACCAAUAAGUUUGAUGAUUCUAUUAAUGGAAUUUAGGUAAGCUUUUUAAAAUGCUAGUUGACAAUCAAGAAAUUGUAGGAUUUAUACUAAUAAGAACCAAAACAAUUAGGUUUGAUCAAUCAUUAAAGCCAAAGGAGAUAUAUUUGCAUUGAGAAUGAUGCAAAACUUUGUCUAAAAUGAAUUAACAAACAUCAAUGUAACAAAUGUCUCUGCAUAUUUGGUUCAUGAAAUCUAUGUUCAACAUGUACAGUUUUACCUGGAACUAAGGACAAUGAAACUUUGUUAAUUGAAUCAUGCACUAGAAUUGCUUUCUGAAUGAAUCAUUAGAAUCAAGUGAAACUUUUCACAAACUAUGUCAUAGGAACCUGUCUUAGUCCAGAAGGAAGAGGGAAAUACAUUAAGUUCAUUGUAAGACAAAUCAGAAUAGGCUUUUAAACAUUCUGAAAACAAAAAAAAAAAAAAGAAAGAUAAAUCAUAUUCCCAUUAGGUCAGCAUGAGUAAUGAGUUUGAGUCAUAAGAAAGUGUCAAUAUUCCACCAUUUAUGACCUACAAACAAAAGCCUAGAGUUGAAAUAGAUCUGGCUCUCUUAUUUGCAAUACCAUGUAUUGGAAACUCAAAUCGAAAGAGUGAUUCCAUAUCUUUGUGGUCAAAUUAGAGGUGAAAAUAUAUCCAAGAAAUCGUAAUAUGCUACAGAGAAAUUCCAACUGGUCACACCUAUCCUUAUGGUUUUCCAUGCUUUAAAGAGAAUCCUAAGUUUGCACUUUCUUCUGUUCCAUACUUCAGCUUCUCAUGUAUUUUAAGGGUAGCACUUAAGUUUUAUCUUUGAGAAGCAGGCCCUCAGGUUACAGAGGGUAUAAGCAAACACGUAUGGAAACUGUGUUUUCUGUUUCGUUUUUUCACUCUCUGAACUCUUUGUAUAAAUAAGGAUUAUCCUGGGCAUAAUUCAUUUGAAUAUGAAAUUAACAUGCUUUCUUUUGUUUCUGUAAAAAAAAAAAAACAAAAACAAAAACAAAAAACUAAACUUAAUGUGAUACAAAGAAAGUCUCAUUUACACAAUCAACAAUGAGGCUAAGAGGUAGCUACCAUGUGGCUGAUGAAUGUGCCUAGGUCACGUCCUGUUUCUAUUCAAAAGUAUGGCUUUAUUUAUACAUUCAGAAACAUUGUUUUCAACUAUGAAAUUUCAGUGAUCUCAAUUUUUUUAAGCCACUUCAGUCAAAAGGAAAGUACCUGUCAUUUUAUGUGCCCAUGUGUUUUGUGUUUGGAUGUUUUAUAUCAUGCCAUCCUAUACAAUCUCUUCUUUCAUAUCAAAAAGAAAAAAGUGAAGGGAAAAAAUGGCACAUGUUCAAAUUUUCAUCUGUCAUCUCUUACCUAAUACUUGUUUUUAAGAGUUACGUCAGAGGGGGGAAAGCCACAGGUAAGCAACAUUACAUUGGAUGAAAAAGAAAACAACCCAAAAUAUGUGUUCAAUAUAUGUAAACAUCAGAAUCCUAAUUUAAUCAACUAUAUAUUAUGGCUAUUUUAUCCUGUACUCAUUUUUUUUUUUUUGAGUAUUCUGGUUCACCAGAUUUUCAAGCAUUGAUUCAGAUGUUAAAUUUUUCCUUUCAACUUUAAUUGCAAAUACUUGGAUUAAACAUUAGGAAAGAAACUAAAAGCAGAAUCCAAAUGGUAUAAACUAUCUCAUCCAAACUCCAGUUACAUGGUCAGUGGAGGAGUGGGUUUUCUUUUAAUAAUGAUAAAGUGUUAUCAGAGGAGACAAAGUAUGUAUAGCGACUCCUCAAUGCAUGGUCGUGUCUUCUGAAGAUGUCAUGGACCCUGAGUGAACUAAAUGUAAUGCUAGCAGGGGCUGGUGACUGUCCUUGAAUACUGACAUGUCUCAAAUAUUGCAAGUGACAUAAAUUCUAAAAGAAAAGAAAAAAAUACUCUACCUUACUCCAGUUUGGUCGGGGUCACUUUGUUUCCUUGGUAGAUUUCAGUCGUUCAGGCGUUGUUUCCAAGUUUCACUUGAAUCACUUCUUCCUGUGACCUUAAAAUAUCUGCCACAUUUGACAGCAUAUAAGACUCAUUUCCACCCUUUUCUAAUGAAAAAUUACAUGCUGUUUAAAGCACUCAUCUUAGAGAUGGAAGGCUAAGAGCAGAAGAUGGCUCAUGGAGCAGGAGGUUCACUGUACCUACAGAAUACAUCAGCCCCUUGCAAAACUGCUUGAAAAUUAUUUUCAAUUCAUACAUGACCCCAGAAAAAGGUUUUUUAAAAAACUUUAUUUGAGUAAUUGUGAAGUCAGUUAUAUAACUGUGUAUCUUUUACAGGGGCCUAAAAUCCCCAUUAAUGAGAAGUGAGAUUUGAUUUAAAAAGGACCUUUGCUUUCAGAAUGAAUUGUUAGAAUCAAAUAAGUGAAGCUCUUUUCACAAAUAAAUCAUAGGAACCUGUCUUAGUCCAGAAGGAAAUCUUUCAUGAUUGAGAAGUUUCAAUGUGCUGUCUAGACAGACUGUAAUGUUAGUAGGAGACUAAAAGUACAUUUGACCGUUCAGUGUCAUGUUUAAUUUGAGCACACAAACAAUUGCUGAUGAGCUGAUAAGCAGGGAGAAAUUCUUCAGUAGGUUUCAGUGAUAAAUGUUUUCCUAUGACAUAAAAUCAAAUGAAAGGAUAAUAUUUUUGUAUGUGUAUAACAACAUUCAACACAUUUGAGGCAUCACUUCAAAAUAAAGUUUAAACAUGUCAUGGAGCCUUGAUCUAUCUUAUCUUGUCCACAGUAGGGAGUAAAAGAUGAGACUUUGUUUUUUCAUGUCACUGUGUUUGGCAUGCUUCAAAAUUUUGAGAUCACGGGGACUGACAGCCUCUCACCCCGAUCUGAGGAGCUGAUGUAAUUGAAACGGGCACAUUGAUUCUGUAUACUGUACACUUCCUGUGGCAGAGUGAUGAUGGGAUUUCAUUAAUGAAUCAAUUCGUUUUACAGUUGACAUCCCCUGUGGCAUUGGAAGACAGUGGAGUCUAACUCGAAUUUCACAAUUUUUAUCUAGUAUUUUUAAAUAUAUAAUUAAUUUCUAAUCCAAGUGCUCUUGGUCAUGGCUUUCUUUUGUGGAUUACAUAGAGUUCAGAAAAGUACAAAAGCUAAAUAUAACACCCCAAGUGUCCAGCAAAGAUCUUUUAUGAUGUAGGGCAGUGAGCACACCCCAGAUUGUUGAUAUCUUUUAUCUUUGGUUUUAAACUCCAGUACAUAUGCUAACUGUCUCAUACAUACACAAAAAGGAUGGAUGGCUUCUCAAUGUUCAUUUCUUUGUAUUUCUGGGAGGGAAAAUAAUGUUUUAAGAAAUGCUUUUUUUCACUCAGGAAGCUUUAAAGCUGAAGCAGGGGUGAGAUCAAGCUUGGAGUGUUCAGGAAGAACUACUAGACCACCGAGUCACCCUUUUUUUUUUCCAUUUUAUUUACUCCAGUUAGUAACUUCCCCAUGACUGAAUCUUGCAGAAAUACAAUCACUCUCAAUUUUUGAAGGGCUAAUUAUCUACUUUGUGGAUUUGUUUUGUCUUUCCUUUUCAACUAUUGGAACUUGGGGCUCUGUUUCCUUUUAUUAACAUGUCACCCUGAGGGUGGGAAAAGAAACAAUGGAAAAUAAAAUUCAAAUCAGUCUAUUUUGCUUACAGUUAAGUAUUGAUUUAUUGAAGGAGUUUGAGAUCAUUUAUAAAAUUAAUGUCAGUGCAUCAUAUACCAUUGAUUUUUUAUUAUCCAUACUGUUCUUUCCCAUCCACCACAAAUAAUUGAGAGUUGACUGUAUUCUUGCAGAAUAUAAAGGAAAAAAAACUAGCAAAGUUUUUGGCUUCCCUCAAAAGAAAGCUUUUUAAAUUUCCUUUUGUUUUGAAAUUUGAUCCGGUAGAAAAGGUCAACUCAAAAUUCAGUUAUGAAAAUAUAAUAGCAGCUCUUGGUGAAACACUCUAAUACCCCUAUCUUAAAUCUUUGACAAAAAUAAAUGCAUUGUUUUGUUGUUUUUUGACUUUGCGUUACUGUAUUAAGGUUGAAUCACUUUGACACUCCAGUGGACUUUUUUUUUUAAUGAUCAUUUCAAAUUUAAAUAGUGUCCAAAGUGUAAUUACACUUUGUAUUUUAAACCCUCUGGUCUUUGAUUAUUAAGAAAGAUGCUCUGUCCUCCUCUCCAAAAUAUGUUAUUUUCUCAUUAUAAAAGACUUAUUCCAUAAUUUUCAGGAACUGUAAAAACUAUUUCAAAGAGACAGUUGAAAAAGUUUUCUCCAUUCUGGAAAUUAAUGCUUCCAUUUAUUUAAAAAGAAGAAAAGGAUAUAAUUGGAAUCUUAAUUUUCAAAAAUAUAUGUAAAAGUGAACUUGCUAUGAAAUACUGAGUUUCUAAAAAAACAAAACAAAACAAAAAACAAAACAAAACAAAA